AAAUUGGAAAAUUGUCGCAAACGACGAAGAACGACGAGUUGAUGCAGACGAUUUUCAUAAUCGCUGCAUAUUAGAUUUUUGUGAAACCUCAAUUAAACAUUAUAAAUUCUAUUAGAAUUGAAAAAAAGUGAUUAACUUUGAAAGCAAAUUUUUUUUGCUACUUAUAGCGCGUUUUUUUCGGCUUGUGCGGGAUCGUUCCCAUGCAGUGCAUUCGCACGUAGAUUGAAGUGCAAGUGUAACAUUCGAAAAAUGUUUUCAAUAUAAAAAGUUUUGUACACAAAUGAGUUUGUAGGCCUUUACAAACGUAAAAGACAUAAAACCUACAGUGAAGUGAAAUUUAUAUCACAUGAAAAUUAUAGUGAAAAAUACCCAUACGUUCUAAAGUCUUAAAAAGCCCUCUAUAAUCCAAAGGCAAGAUUUUGGUACAUAGCAAUAAAACUUGUGUUAAAAAGAGGUUGGGUGCAGACAAGUUGCACUUGCAUACAGGUAGGGCGUGUUUUUCUUAUACGCGUCGCCGCCGAUAACGAUACAGUAUUUUCAGUAUAUAAUUUAAAGAGUUAAUACAAAAUAUAAAUAUACCCAUACAAAUCGAUGUUAAUUUUUCUAAUCAGAAUUGUUUAUCUCUUAAAAAGGCAAUAAAACAAAUAUUAGCGCCGAUAAAUGGGGAGUUGCGCAAAGUAGAGAAGAAAAAUAAUUGCAACUUCCCUUUUAUAGGCAUUUUAUGUCUACUACAAAGUGCGAAGUAACGUAGAAAAGGCGAAUUGAAAAAAACGUAGAGUAGUGGAAAGUGAGUGCAUAAUCAAAAUGUGUAAGAAAUCCUUAUAUUAAAGGGCAAUUUGUAUACAUAAUAUAAAAGCAAAAAUGUAUGUAAGGUAAAAGUAGAAAUAUACAAUCGUAUUAUAUAAAUGCCGGAAGUUAUAUACGUGUAGAGGAAAUUAUAAAAAACGCCGCACUUCCGUCUGCGGUUUGUGCCCAGUUCGCCGGAAUCGCCACGAAUUUCGGUUUCGGAAGUUAAUAUUAUUGGGUCUCGUGCACACGCCCACCGAAUUAGUCAAAACCCUGAGCUACGGUUUCUCAUUCGUCUGAAACUGAACUAAAGUGUUUGACCGCUAAAGAUCGAAGGCAAGCUUAAAGCGUAUACAUUUUCCUCGAUAUAGUUACUAAGCUGGCAAUAUGGGCGCACAGCAGGGAAAGGAGCGCGGUUCACAUUCCAGCGGCGGUGGCCAUGGCGGUACGGCCAGUUGUAUUGGUGUGCCAAGUAGUGGCAGCCCAGUCGGCUUGUCGUCGUCUCAUGGCAUUAGUGUUGGCAGUGUAAAUGCACUAGCUGCUGGUUCCACCUUGCGCGGCUCCCGCAUCAAAUCAUCAGCUACACCAGCAUCUGUGGGUGGGAGUUCACAUCGUUCGACUACCGCUUCGGGUAGUAGCAUUGGACACACAUCUAAGGACAAUCACAGCCGUUGCAAUGCCAUCGGAAUGAACAUUUUCACAGAACAUAAUGCUUUUAUGCGGGUGGCAUAUUGUGUCUAGGUUUUAUUAUGAAAUAGGGUGGAUUUUUUGCUAGCAGCUGUUAAAUAUGUUUGCCGGCCGUAAUCGCACCACCAUUGUUUGAAUGCCUCUUGCCGGGUUAGCUGGCUGCCAUUGAAGGUUGCUACAAGUACGUUCAUACAUACAUAUGUACAUAUGUACAUUUAUAAUACGCGUGGGUGCUUUUCAAAAGAUUACAUGAUGUUAAUGUCUCAAACAAUUUUCACAAUAUACAUACAUAAGUAUGUGCAUCAAAAGCUGUGUAAAUAUAUUUUCAAAUAAUUUUAAUAUUUUAAUAAAAAUUAUGUUCAUUUGUUAGAAUAAACUGUUAACGUAAGUAAUUUCAAAAUAAUUAAAAAAAUGAGUUAUCUUGCACCGUUGCUAGACCACCCUUCACAAAUAAAAAAAGAACGUGAUUUCAGUACCAGUUGUUGUUUUUCUUCUUGUAGCGGCAGUAUUUAGUCCCAGUUAUUUUGGUAUGUUAUAGUGAUCCGAUCUGAAAAGUUUAAUUUGAUAUAGUAGUGUUGACAUGAAAAGUAAUAUAUGCGAAAAUUCAUUAAGAUAUCUUGUCAAUUAAAGAAGAAUCCAUUGGAGGGACUCCGACGAUUGCUUCUGGCCUUUACAAACUUCGUGUCAAACAAAAAUAAAAUACAUACAUAUGUAUAAUAUUAAUAUUUAUUUCGGCUUUUUACAUUCGUAAGUAUGCAUACAUAUACAAUUUACGAUACACACUUUUUUGUUUACAUAAAUCUUAAUUAGUCGCUGCCAUCUGAUUUUGCUUCCAUUGAUUUUGGAGUUAUGUACAUAUGUAUGUUCGUCAGUAACUCGUUUAAUUGUUUAACUUAUUAUUAACUUCAAACAAGAAGCCUUCUUUGGUGGCAAAUAUACAACCACUCAGCAACUGUCAAUCGAGGGACGGACGGUAAUUGCGUUAAUACUGUUAAAUUUAUAUAUAUAUGGACUUACAUACAUAUAUAGGAUGAUAUAAGAAAAUAUAAUACAUAUUAACAAACAUGUGGUUAUAUAUUUAAACAUUUUAUGUACAUACCUAAAUAUACACACAUGCAUAUGUACAUAAAUGAACGUUUAAAAUUAUUUUUGCAUCUACAUAUUCCAACUUCACGCUCGCCCUCUUGUGGUCGCAUUCUUUGCUGCAUAUGCUCUUUGCACUUCAUACGCCUUUGUUGUUGCCCUUCAUCAUGUGGGUGGGGUUGUUCUGUACUCUUUACUUACUGUUGCUUUUGGUAUUUACAAAAUUACAUUUAAAUUUCCAAACAAAACACGUCGCCACAUUUUAUAUUGAUGAGGGAAAGAAAGCAAAUGGCAACGAAGAAAAUAAACACACAUACAAUUGUAUGUGUAUAUCAAGCCGACAGUAUUUUCAAUAAUUGUAAGCUGAAUUUUUCAAACAAAUACCCAGGGGAUGGUGUAUCUGUAAAAUUUCCUCUAUACUUACUACAUAAAUAACUAUAUGGAUGUUUGUAUGUAUAUAUAAAGGUGCCUAGAGUAUAGUGAUCACUUUUAUAUUAUUGUUUGUGACUCUGCCGGCGGUGAUAUUAGUCAAGCUCCGGAAGGCAUUUUACGCAUUUUAUUCCAUUGACACGUUUACCGAAAAUGACCUUUUAUUGCUUCAUCCGGCGUUUAUCGCCAACGGCUGCACGAGACCACGACAUAGCUGUGCUUUAGCGUGCCGUCAUAGGGCUACAACUAAAUGCAUUCAAUCGCAUCGAGUCGAACCAUAUUUGGUUCAUACGUUACCCAUAUAAUUGUGAAAACACAUCAAGCGUGCUCAAAUUGCUUUGAAAUGAGGCCACUAAAGCGCUGUGAAGACCCUUCAACGCUCAGUGAGCUUGAAUUCCAGACAAAGUUCAAAAAUAUAAUUGUAACUAAUGAAGCUGCCAUCAAAAAUAUUUAUAUGCACAUGAGAUCCUAUUCAUUCGAUUAGUGUAAUAAAUAUUUUAUCAUGGUAUUUGAAAAUCAGUAACCGGGUUUAUUUUAUUAGAAAUAACGAGCAUAGCCAACCUAUGAGCAACGUCCUACCGCAAUUGAAAAACUUCUGUGUUUCUCAUGAAUUUUAUUUAAUAAUUCACUGCUUAAAUAGAAAAGCAUAUGGCAAUUGAAAAGUUGUAUAAGUGUACCCAUGUGAUAUGCUCCUAUUGUUCCUUGCGCACAUUUUAUUUGAAACUCGGUAGAAUUUGAAUCAAAGUUGAAAAUUUCUUCUACAUACAAGUGCUUAUGUAUGUAUGCGCAUAUCUGUGUGUCUCUUACUUGUUAAGUGGCUUCAUCUGCCUUCAUUAUUUUAAUUCCCAUUUCCACUUUUUUUAUAUGAAGGCCUCGAGGCUUGCCUCUUUUUUAUAGCAUAUCUUUCACACUCAUAUCUGUUGUGUGCCGUGCCGCAUUUGCGUGACAAUUACUUGGUUGAAGUGUCGCUGUGGACCUUGAGCACAAUUUGUUUCGAUUUAUUCGCGCAUAUGUUUUGCAAGGGAAACGCCAUGAAUUGUAUUUGUAUGAAAGUGAUUUCCAUAUCAAGUGCUAUACUCGUAUGUAUUGUACUUGCACAGACCGGCGAGAAUUCUGUAUUUUAUUCACUUGAGUUUUUUUUUUAUAAUUCAGUUUUAUUUUAUUAUGUAAUCGUAAUUUUUUAUAUUUUUAUUUAUUACUUUUCUUUUCAUUUCUGAUUAUAGUUUAAUUUACUUAAUUGAAUAUAAUUUAGAAGCACACAAAUUAACUAGUUUAUUUUAUUUUUUUUGUUAUUUAAAUACAUAAAUGUUCCACUUAUAUUUUUUUGUGUUUAUUCUUUAAUUCUUGUGGUGCAUAAAAACCCAUAAAUUGUUUUACUUUUGUCAUUAUGUAAAAAAAAGUGAACACAAAAAGUGGAGCCUCCCUAAUGUAAGUGCACAAUAUGCUUAUGUAGUUCAUGCAUGAAUAUUUUGCUUUUUGUUUAUUUUUUAAGCUGCAGGUUGGCACAUGGCUUAUCGCCUUGGAGCCUCAUUUCACUUAUAUACUUGUUCCAAUCAAGUUAAGCACCAAAUAAGUACCAGUGCGAAUUUGUAACAAUAUUAAUAAAGAUAUCUACAUACCAUUUGAACAAUUUUAACACAGACUGGGACAAACCACGCCAUAAAAAUCUUUCCUAGACUGCUAUGAUCAUUUUUUUUGUUCGCGUGAAGUUUGGUCUCCAUAUGUCAAUAAGUGCGUGUUAGACAAUUUUUUGUUUUCGAAAAGGAAAUACAAAAGGUGUAAUUGAAAAAUAAUUAUUUGCGAUAUUUUUUAAAGUUCAUUAAACUAUAUUUUUUUAAGAGAGUAUUUCAAUAUUUUUAUUGUACCAAAUUUUUCUUGCAGGGUUUAUAUGAGUAAAAAAUAUAAUCUAAGUACGUUUUUAUAUCACACAUUUUUACGGCUUCUGUUUUUGCUAUUAUUUUGCUUCUAUAAAGCUAAAGUACAUACAUACAUAUGAAUAAUAUACAAAAUUACUGUUGCAUAUUCGUAACUUUGGCGAAAUCAGAAAGUGUGGCUAAAUCAGAAAUAUUGUCAUUGUUUCCAAAACUCGAUCUUAUCUAUUGUUUUGCUUUUCGCACACUUUCAAGUUUGCAUAUUUAUUAACUAAUAUUUCUCUAAUAUCAUACUCAUUGAUUUUUUCCACAUACAAGUAUAAUACAUAUAUAAUUACAUACACAUGUACAUAGUGAUACAUAUGCCUACCUAAAUUUGACAUUUGUAAACAUAUGUACUCAUACAUAUAUACAUAUGUUAAUUUUUAAAAUAGAUGUGUAAAGUCUAAUUGUCGUCACUCGGCGCUUGGCUAUUCCAUUUUAUUGUGUUGUAUUGCAUUUCGGUUUUCCUGUCGUUCGUGUCGUCAUCAAUGCUGAUUCAUGUUUUCCGCGUAACAAUUAAAAAUUACAAUAAUCACCUUUUGAUGACUGCCGGCCGACUGGUCUGUAUGUUUUGGCACAGACCGUCGUGUUAUGCGCCCCUCUCCCGCCAGUCAUUAUUAUGCGUUAUCACCAAAGCGAACAGAAGUGGGCUUGUCAUUCGAAUUUCUAAUUAUGUGAAUUUUUUGUGCUUAAUUUAUAGCCCCAAAAUAGAAAAAAAAUAAAUACAAUUUGCAAUAUAUUAUUUGUUUCGGCGUGUAAAUCUGUUGCUAUAUUAUAUUAAAUAUUUGUUUACAUUUUUUUAUAUACACAUACAUACAUACAUAUGGCAUAUGUACAUGUGUAGAAUAGUAUAUAGUAUAUGUACAUACAUAUGUAUUAGUUUGUGGUCGAGAUU